UCCCCCUUGUCCCUGUGUUCUUUCCGUAGCCACCCAAAAUGUCGCUUUCAUGUUGACUUAGCCUACUGUUGGGAGUUAGUCGGUUAGGGGUGCAAUAUUAUUGAUGUCGGUAUGGAUAUUCAUCACCCGCACUUGAUCGGUGAUUGCCUUAUUCAUAUUUUUACAUUCCUCACCGAGGAAGAUUUAAUAAGUGCCUCGUGUGUGUGUAAGGAUUGGAAUGAAGCUGCAGAGACCCCAUGGUUAUGGAGGAGGAUGUGUCUGCAGAGCUGGGGUUUCUGUAACCUCGCUGUUCUGGGGGCUGAACACGGGAAGAACUCAUGGAAGAGAUACUUCCUGCGACGCUGCCAUUUAGAGGUGAAGAUGACCAAAGGGAGGACAGGAGGUUACACCUGCAAGAGCCUCAGAGGACACACAGGCAAGGUGGUGGGGUUGGUGUACCUGGAGGGGAAUUCAGCUCAGCGUCCCGACAUCUGGAGCAGCAGUGCCACAGUGUGCAGCGCCUCUACUGAUGGAACAGUCCGAGCGUGGGACAUCCAAAAUGGUGAACUCCUGUGGUGCAGUCCUGUGCAGAGACCUUUGACAGUGAUUGUAAGUGAUGAAAAGCAUGACGUUGUGAUCACAGCAGACUCCGCAGGCCUCGUCAAGACCUGGCAGGGUCAGACCGGCCAGGAGUUGGCCUCCUUUACAACUGCAUCUCCACCCUGUACAGUACUACAGUAUAAUAUCAACAACAAUUGGUUUCUGACUGUUGGAACCAGUCAGGGAUCUGUGUGUACGCUAUCUGAUUCAGCUUUGACUCAAAAGUCCAGCGUCAUGGUGUGUGACACAUUUAAAAUCAACACACUCCUAGUUUCACCUGACAAGAAAUGGAUCAUUGCUGGAACCAAGGACAAUGAUGAUUUAAGUCCAAAGGUGAUUUACACUGAGAGUUUGACCUCACCGUCUGAGGACGAAGAGCCUCUGUGCCAAUCUGUGCCGGUCCCCGGCUGCCAGGCUGCUGUCUUCAUACCCACCCAGCCUGCCAGAUUGGCCAUCAUCCACCACAACCAGCAGCCAAACAACAAAGCCCUCACUGUCUUCGAUGUCAGCAUUAAAAAAACUAAGUACAAGUCAGAGAUCCAGGUCCAGCAGGUGGAGUCCUUCCCCUUGACACUGAACACCGGGUCCUCAGCCAUCCUUCUCGAGGCCAAGGACAGCAACUUCUUAGUGUUGGCAGCUGGUCAGCACCUAUGGGUCUACUCUUUGAAAGGAGCCCUGCUUGCUAGCUUUAAAGAGCAUACUUUGCCUAUUUCUUCUAUAUCUGUGGACAGCUUUCGCGUGGUGACAGCAUCUCGGGACCUCUCCUUACGAGUGUUGACAUGGAGAAAUGACAGAGACCACGGGUUGACCCUGGAGAGCCGAUACCACUUACUGGGAGGCUCUCACACAACGUCCAGAGGGUUCUCCCAUGUUGCUUGUGACUACUCCAGCAUUGUGGCCUCCGCAGAAGGGAUAGACGGAAAAGAUGUCUUAAAAGCGUAUUCUUUCUCAUGAGUGUUGCUGCUCCAAAAAAGUUGCCUACAAACAGUUUGCACAACCCUCCAGAAGGAGGAUCCUUUGCUUUUAUUAUGAACUUUUCCUCAUAUAUGCAUACACUAGGAUGGGAAGUCUAUGUUUACACUAACCCGAAUGUUUAACAGAAUAGAAAUCCUCUAUUGAUACACUGUGUAAUAAACAUGUUUAGUUUUAGUUUAGUAACAAGUUUUUAAAGAUGUAAGGGUAAUGUUCAUUAUCUACGCUUUGGAGCUGUUGAACAUGAACAGUCUUAAGGCAUAAUGUUUGCUAAAUAUUUUUUUGUCACCUUCUUCAAUAUGUCACUACAGAAGAAAAAUACUGAGACAUAUAGUUAUGUGUUAGUGACAAUAAUAUCUAAUAAAAUAAUCUAGUGACAAAAUGUAUGGUGAUAUAUUUUUAUAUUUAGCCCAAAUUGGCAAGCUCUUGGAAAAGUUUAGCCCGGGAAAAUCCUUACGAACUUCCGGCAAAUUUUAGAUUUGCUCUGCAAGUCUGUCUGGCCAGAAGCCCAUUCAAGCCCAUUUCCAAUUUUUCC